UUCUCUUUGAAAAGUUAUACAACCAUUUACACUAGCCCUAGCAGUCUCUUCUCCGUUUCCGUACUCUCUCUCUCUCUAAAAAUCAGCACUCCGCAAUGGCUUCCCGGAGGCUGUUAGCCUCAAUUCUCCGUUCCUCCGCCUACCGCAACCGUAUCUCGAGUUCCAUAUUCUCCGCCCCCAGGCUCAGGCCACGUGCCUCUCCUACCGGUCACUUCCUCCACCGUGUUGCUCAGUACGCCUCCUCUGCCGCUGCCCAAUCAGCUCCAUCGGCGCCAUCUAAAGCUACUAGUGGUGGACCCAGUGGGAAGAUUACCGAUGAGUUCACUGGUAAAGGUGCGAUCGGGAAAGUGUGCCAAGUCAUUGGUGCUGUCGUUGACGUCAGGUUCCACGAUGGAUUGCCACCGAUCUUGACGGCCUUGGAGGUUUUGGAUAAUCAGAUCAGGUUGGUUCUGGAAGUGGCCCAGCACUUGGGUGAGAAUGUGGUCAGGUGUAUUGCUAUGGAUGGUACUGAAGGAAUUCCUUGCUCUGAGUAUACGAUGUCGUUUAAUUUGCAACUGCCAAACGUAAUUACGAUACAGUAA